GCUCCUCCGCCUCUCGUCGUCUUCCUCCUCCGAUCCUCCCGCCGCUCGCGAGGCCAGACCAGACUCCCGCGAGCUCCCGCGAGAAAGAUGGCGUCCCACAUUGUCGGAUACCCUCGCAUGGGCCCCAAGAGGGAGCUCAAGUUUGCCUUGGAGUCUUUCUGGGAUGGGAAGAGCAGCGCUGAGGACUUGGAGAAGGUUGCCACCGACCUUAGAGCUAGCAUCUGGAAGCAAAUGUCAGAGGCAGGGAUUAAGUACAUUCCCAGCAACACCUUCUCAUACUACGACCAAGUCCUUGACACGACAGCCAUGCUUGGCGCUGUCCCAGAACGCUACUCUUGGACUGGCGGUGAGAUUGGUUUCAGCACCUACUUCUCAAUGGCUAGGGGAAAUGCUAGCGUCCCUGCCAUGGAGAUGACCAAGUGGUUUGACACAAACUAUCACUUCAUUGUCCCUGAACUGGGCCCGAACACCAAAUUCUCCUAUGCUUCACACAAGGCUGUAUCUGAAUACAAGGAGGCUAAGGCGCUUGGUGUCGAGACUGUUCCGGUGCUUGUUGGUCCCGUUUCGUAUCUGCUGCUCUCUAAGCCUGCCAAGGGUGUCGACAAAUCAUUCUCCCUUCUUUCACUCCUCAGUAGCAUUCUUCCUGUUUACAAGGAGGUUGUUGCUGAGCUGAAGGCAGCCGGUUCUUCAUGGAUUCAGUUUGAUGAGCCCACCCUUGUUCUGGACCUUGAUGCUCACCAACUGGCUGCAUUCUCUGCAGCUUAUGCUGAACUUGAGUCAGCGCUUUCCGGUUUGAAUGUUCUUAUUGAGACAUACUUCGCAGAUAUUCCUGCUGAAUCCUACAAGACCCUCACAUCCUUGAGUGGCGUGACUGCAUAUGGUUUUGAUCUUGUCCGUGGAACCAAGACCCUUGACCUUGUCAAGAGUGAGGGUUUCCCAUCUGGAAAGUACCUCUUUGCUGGUGUUGUUGAUGGAAGGAAUAUCUGGGCUGAUGAUCUUGUUGCAUCUCUUAGCACUCUUCAGUCUCUUGAGGCUAUCGUUGGCAAGGACAAGCUUGUGGUGUCCACCUCCUGCUCGCUGAUGCACACUGCUGUCGAUCUUGUAAAUGAGACUAAGCUCGACAGUGAGAUUAAGUCGUGGCUUGCAUUUGCUGCCCAAAAGGUGGUUGAGGUGAAUGCCCUUGCCAAGGCUUUGGCUGGCCAAAAGGAUGAGGCUUACUUUGUAGCAAAUGCUGCUGCUCAGGCCUCAAGGAGAUCAUCACCUAGAGUGACAAAUCAGGAAGUCCAGAAGGCUGCGGCUGCUUUGAAGGGAUCUGACCACCGUCGUGCUACCAAUGUUUCUGCUAGAUUGGACGCUCAGCAGAAGAAGCUCAACCUUCCUGUCCUUCCUACGACCACAAUUGGUUCAUUCCCUCAGACUAUGGACCUCAGGAGAGUCCGCCGUGAGUACAAGGCGAAGAAGAUCUCUGAGGAGGAGUAUGUCAGUGCCAUUAAGGAAGAGAUUAGCAAGGUUGUCAAGAUUCAAGAGGAGCUUGACAUCGAUGUUCUUGUGCAUGGAGAGCCUGAGAGAAAUGACAUGGUUGAGUACUUUGGUGAGCAAUUAUCUGGUUUUGCAUUCACUGCUAAUGGAUGGGUGCAAUCGUAUGGAUCACGCUGUGUGAAGCCACCGAUUAUCUACGGUGAUGUCAGCCGCCCGAACCCCAUGACAGUCUUCUGGUCGAAGAUGGCACAGAGCAUGACCUCACGCCCAAUGAAGGGAAUGUUGACGGGCCCUGUUACCAUCCUCAACUGGUCUUUUGUCAGAAAUGACCAGCCAAGAUUUGAGACAUGCUAUCAGAUUGCUCUUGCAAUCAAGAAGGAGGUUGAGGAUCUCGAAGCUGGUGGUAUUCAGGUGAUCCAGAUCGAUGAAGCUGCUCUAAGAGAGGGUCUGCCGCUGCGCAAGUCAGAGCAUGCAUUCUACCUGAACUGGGCUGUCCACUCAUUCAGAAUCACCAACUGCGGAGUCCAGGACACCACUCAGAUCCACACUCACAUGUGCUACUCUAACUUCAACGACAUCAUCCACUCCAUCAUCGACAUGGACGCCGAUGUGAUCACCAUCGAGAACUCCCGGUCCGACGAGAAGCUCCUGUCCGUCUUCCGUGAGGGCGUCAAGUACGGAGCUGGCAUUGGCCCGGGUGUGUACGACAUCCACUCCCCCAGAAUCCCCUCCACCGAGGAGAUCGCCGACCGCAUCAACAAGAUGCUUGCCGUGCUCGACACCAACAUCCUUUGGGUGAACCCGGACUGCGGUCUCAAGACCCGCAAGUACACCGAGGUGAAGCCUGCCCUAACCAACAUGGUCGAUGCUGCCAAGCUCAUCCGCACCCAGCUUGCCAGCGCAAAGUGAGACUUCAUAUAGCGCAAAAUGAAAAAUGUCCAAUAGUGCCUUUUAUCUUUGCUUGUUGAAAAGAGCCAACAGGGCCCAUCUGUUUCCGAAUAAUAUGGGGCCUUACACAAGCCCUUGUAUCUGGUUAGGUUAGUUCUCCGGGAUGAUAUACUGUUACAUGCUGUACCCUAAGUUUGGUGGGUAAUUUGAGGCUGUGUUUGGGUGGGAGCA